AUGGAGAUACAACCAGAGGGAACGGACCAUGAGGACCUCUCUUCAGGAGAGGAGAAUGGAGAUGAAUCUGAUCAAUCCGAUCAACAUGAAUCACGACCAGCCACACCACCUAGAGAGUUGAAAGUUCCGAAGUUCUUGACUGAUAUAGUGCAUGGUGAACCACGUCCCGAUCCAAGGACUUCUUUCAGAGGCCACGAACAGCCGCCGGCAAAUGAACGCCUUGAACAAAUCAAGACGUUUCUUGCCGACGAAGAUGCGAACCGAUGCUUAGAUUUCAAAGAUAAGCUCACACAGAUACAAGACUACCUUGCUCACAUUGAGAAGCACCGAGUCCCAUGCGAUAAAAAACUCUUUAAAGAUGCAAAAGUAAUGACAGAUGUUCAAGCAGAUUGGCAUGAUCGCAUGGAAAAAUCAGAUCUCGGCGAUCCUUUAUGUGUAGACACUCCUCAAAUCCAGCCUUACAGCACGAGACUCAUGUCGAAUGAGGUGACUCUUGCUAUUCGCGAAACGAAGGAAAUCAAUGGCACACAGACACAAAUCCGUGAAGAUCGGCCUCCUUUCACGGUCAAGCGUACUAAGGAUCACGCGGUAUUUCUCAGGGCUAUCAAAGAAGAUGCGAAGAAAACUUUGACGGAUCUUACGGAAGAGGAAGAGAAUCGAAAUCUUUUCAAAAUUGAGAAUCACGCAUACAUUGAUGCAAAUAAAGACCCGGCAUUAAUUCCUCUUUGGACAGAUCCUAUUCGCGGUAUUUCAGAUACUGGAAAGGCCCAAAGUAGCGCUGAUCCUUGGUAUGGUAGCGGCCAGGUUCUGGGGGUUACUCCACCAGGUAAAACCGAACGUGAGCCAAAGCACAACCCUCUCCCACCUGUAGUCAAAGGAUACCUGGAAGUUCUUGAGCGUAACGCUAAUGUUUAUUCAACUGGGCAAAGGAAAGGCGACAUGACAGAUGAAGAAUACAGAGCUGUUAAGGAUGAUUGGAAGAAGUACAAUGAUUUACAAGAUCAGCUAUUGGAACAUCUCUCUGCUAAGACUACCCCUCAAAUACAGUUGUACUUUGACGAGCCAGACAUGGUCAAGAAAGAUACGUACGACCCUACGAAGAUUAACAUCACACGGGAAUAUGGCGAACGAAUGCGAGAAGUCCAGGCAAUGCAAUCAGAACUUCAUGAACUUAUGCGAGAAUGUCGUGAUAGUAAUGGCCCGCAAUCUUGCAAUUGGUGGAUACUAGGGAGAAUGGCCGAGAUACUUUCACCCGUUGAACCUGAUAUCUUUGGGGAAGUGGGAAAACAUUGGGCCCGAUUCAAGACGAGACAUGUUCCUUUGCUUUGGGAUAAAGCAUUCGAUCUACCAUCCAAGAGAAAUUGGCUCGCCUCUCGUAGUGUGGGAGACAGAGCCAUGAUUGAUCCUUAUAUCCAGAGAUUACGGGAUCUCUGGACUACCAUUUUCGAGAACGAACCAGAACUUCAACGUGAAGAAGCUGAUAUAGAAAGUGGGGCACCAUGGAUUGUAUUAUUACCAUUGCAAAAGGGAGCUUUAAGGACUGACCCAAUAAGGCAUAAGAUGUCGUCAGACUUUUUGCAACCAUAUAUCUUCUAUGUACCUUGGGCCACUCCUAAACCUGAGCUUUCUCCAGAGUUGGAAAAGCAAUUGGAAAGAAUUCAUCGACUUCUAAAAGCAAAGAGUGAUCAAGGAGGUUUACUAAAUCAUGUUGGGAUGGCAGCACUUCGACAAAUCUAG